AUGAAAUUAAAUAUACUUUUGUGUUUGAUAGCCCUUGUUUGCUCACAGCAAGUUCUAAAAUCAAAUGAAUGCAAUGAAUGUGGCUAAUUUAAAUCAUAAACUGAUUGUGAAGAAUAUAAAAUCGUGUCUUGUGAAUGGGUUGCAGCUAAUGGAACAGUAGCUGCAAAAUGUUAAAAGAAAGAUGGAGGAGGAGCAGAAUAAGGCACAUUCAAAGCAUAUUGUGAACUCGUUGAAAAACCAGAAACAAAUUGUUCAAAGACACCUGGUUGUGCUUAUGUAGAUUAAAAAUGUGUUCAUUUCACAGGCUGUUCGGCUUACGUUAAAACAAGUACUUAAGAAUGUCAAGCAAUCUCAUAUCGUUGUGUGAGUGAUGCUACUGCUUGCAUUGAGGCAUAAGAAUGUAAGGAUUACAAUCAAACUCAAUGUGAGAGUACUCCAAGUGUUUCAGGAAUUCACACAUGCAAAUGGGAUAAUGGUGCUUGUAGAGAUUAUGCAUGUGUAGAGGCACCUUUAACUUAUACAACUAAUGAAUAGUGUAAUAAUUGGCUGUCAGGAUGUAUAACAAGAGGAAAAGGAUGUUGGGUUCAGCCUUUACCAAAUUGUUCAGAAUACAAAGGAUCUGAAGAAGAGUGUAAUUCAUUUAUUGGUAAUGAUAACGAUGGAAAAUGUGAAUUGGCUAAAGAGACAAUCAAUUGUAAAGCAAGAGAAUGCUAAAACGCACCAAAUACAAUUUCAACAGAUGAUGAAUGUAAAGGAUAUUAAAAAGGAUGUAUAACAACUGGAAAGGGUUGUUAUAAGGGAACAACAAAACCAUUAUGUUCAACAUAUAAUGGUGAUAUUACAAGUUGUGUUGGAUAUAUUGGAUCAGAUGGAGUGUGUGAAGGUGAUGCUGGAGGUAAGAAUUGUAGAGCAAGAAAAUGUGAAAAUGGAAAUUUCAAAACUGAUGCUUAAUGUAAAGAUUAUCAACCCAGUUGUGUAACAAAUGGUGUGAAGUGUGUUAAUGCUUUAUCAGCUUGUAGUAUAUACAAGGGUACUGCAACUUCAUGUGGUGUAUAUAUUGGUUCUGAUGGUUAUUGUACAGGAAAUAGUACAACAGUUGAUGCAAAUUGUUUUCCUAAAACUUGUGAUUCAGCUUCACCAACUAUUUCAACUGAUGAAGCAUGUGAAAAACAUUAAAAAGGAUGUGUUACAACUGGAGCGGGAUGUUCUACUAAAGCUGCAUUGAAAAAAUGUUCAGAAUAUCCAGGAGAAAAUGUAGCUGCUUGUAGUACAAGAGUAGGAUCAGAAGGUAGAUGUACUUGGAAGAGUGGAACUAAAUGUACACCUAGAGAUUGUGGUUCAGCACCCUCAUCAACAAAUACAAAUCCUCUUUGUAGCAAUUGGUUUACUAAUUGUGUAACUACUGGAUCAGGUUGUGUGGCAGCAACUUCAUGUGAAUUAACGGUUAAAUAAUAAAGUUGUGAAGGAACUAAAAAUUAAAUAGGGUAACCAAUAUGUACAUGGUAACCAAUAUGUACAAGUAAUUGGUCUUGCAGUUAAUUUAAAAGAAAGGCUAUUUGUAUGGCAAAUACAGCUAGAGUUUAUGAUGGAUUAGAUGAAAAUAAUAAGCCUAAAUAUGUAACUCAAAAAUGUGGUUGGGGUUCUAAUGGUUGCUAAAAUCUUGAAUGUUCUCAUUUGACAGGUUCUUUCUACAGCGCACAUGCAAAUUGUGCAGCUGAAUUAAGCACAUGUAUGAGUAAUGGAGUGGAUGCUUGUAUAACCAGAUAAGAAUGUUCUAAAUUGAAAGGAACAAAAGAUACUUGUUUAGGAUAUCCAGGAUUUUGCACAAAUACACCAACAGCUUUAGAAACAGCAUUCUGUCAAUAAAGAUAGUGUUCAGAUAAUACUGAAGCUCAAGAUAAUGCAACAUGUGAAGCAUGGAACCCUGGGUGCAUAAGUAAUGGUAGAGGAUGCGUUGUAUAUACAACAUAUUGUACAGCUUUCAAAGGAGAUAGAGAUACAUGUAAUAAGUUGUAUGGCUACAGUUCAGGAAAUUUGAGUAACUACUUGACAGCCUAAUGUUACAAUGAUAGUAAUGCAACUGCAGAAUCAUCUUGCAAAUAAAAGACAUGUUCCAUGGCAACUGAUAUGACUGAAGGUUCAUGUGAUGGAUUCUUAAAAGGAUGUGCAUUUAAUGGAAACGGAAGCUGUGUUGAUCCUGAAUAUGCAACUUGUGAUGAUUAUUUUGGUCUUGCUGCAUUUUGCGAAGGAUUAACUAUAAAAAAUAGAGAUCCAAAAUAUUGUUAUGGUACUGCUACUGCAGCUAGAUGUACUGUGAGAAGAUGUGAUGAUAACACUGAUCCUAAUACAACUGAUGAAAUUUGUAACAAUUUCAAAUUAGGUUGUGUUGCUAAAUCAUCUGGAGGAUGUGUUGAAAAAUCAUCAUACUCAUGUUCAUCAUAAACUGGAACAGAUGUGACAUGCAAUAAUUUCUCAGGUAGCUCAGGAAAAUGUCAAAAAUAUAAUACAUGUUUAGAUAGAGCUUGUGGUGAUAAGACAGAUGCCAAUAGUUAAUAGGAUUGUAUGAAUUAUAAAUCAACAUGCAGAUUCUUAAAAUCUGGAUCAGCUUGUAUUGCUCACAAUACAUGUAGUCAAUAUUCUGUUCCAGAUACAACAGCAUAAGCUUAAGAUAAAUUCAAUUAUUGUACUACAAUAACAGAUUCAAGUGGUAAAUUCUGUGGUUAUAAAACUGGAAAUAACUGUGCUGAUCGAACUUGUGAUCAAUUUUUAAGCACAUACACAACUACUUUGACAUGUUUAACUUAUGUGCCAAAAGCAAAUCCAACCGAUAAGAAUCCUUGUAAACAAGCUGGUACUGUAUGUUAUGCUCCUUAAGCUAAUUGUGCAUAUACUCAUGGUAUAACAACUAAUGAUAGUGAUAAAAAAACAGAAUGUUAGAAAUAUGAAAAUACAGAUGAUGUAAAAUGUAUAUGGAGUGCAGGUGCUACAUGUUCAAACCAAACUACAUGUGAAAAUCUCAUUACUCAAACUGAUGCAAAGAUUUGUAAUGACUUUUUGUAUCCAACCGGUAAGGGUGUGUGCCAAAAGGUAACAGAAUCAACAUGUAUAACAACUGUUGCUGUAGCUACAGGUUGUAGUAGCUAUAAAUUAGAUUCUUCAAAGUCAGAUGCAGUAAAGAAGGCACUUUGUUAAAGUUUAUAUGUCAUUGAUGAUACUGCAAAACAUGCUGCAGGAAAUGGUGUAUUUACAAAAUGUAUUUAUAAAACAGGUGAUGCUUGCUCUCCUAUUGCUACUUGUACUGAAAUUCCAUCUGCUUCUAGUUAGGCAGAUUGUGAUAAAUAACUAGCUGGAUGUUUAUUUUUCAAUGGAUUAUGUUAUACUAAAUUAACUGCAAAUUCUCCUACAUGUGCAAGCUAUACUAUUCCAGGUAGUGCUAAUACGGACACAUUAAAAUCAUUGUUUUGUCACAGUAUGUAGAUUGGUAAUGAUUAUUGUCAACUCAAUGCUGCUAAAAAUGCGUGUGAGGCUAAUACUUAUACAGAUUGUACUUCUUUUAAUAUGAGUACUGUUACUGGUGCAUAAUGGGAUGGUGCUGCUAUUACUUUAGCUGGCUUUUGUGCAGCUUAAGCUGAUAUAACAAAAAAGAUAUUCUGUAAGGCUGGAACAAGUCCAGCUUGUGCAGCUGCAACAUGUGAGGAUAUUCCAAAUCCAUCAGGUUAAGGAGAUUGUGAUACGAGAAUACUUGGAUGUGCAUUUUCAAAUGGAAAAUGUAGAACUUUUAAUCCAGCUGGAACAGUUUGUACUAGUGUCAAUAUACCUGGUGAUGUGACUGUCGCCAGUGGUAAAACAUAAUUUUGUCAAUCUGUUACUUAAACUGUUUCAUCAACUGCGGGUGUACCAUGUACAUAUGAUGAAUAUUUAUCUCCUGCCGCAACUGCAUGUGCAGCAACUACUGUCUGCUCAUCUUAUAAUGUUCUACCAUCAGAUGAUACUUAGAAAUCACCUUAUUGUCUUAGUAAAAUAGAUGCUACAGAAAAGAAAUGUGCAUAUACGACAGGCAAUGCUUGUAGAGAUUUUGAUUGCUUUGAUAUAUCAUAACCAACAUCUCAAGUUUCAUGUGAUUUAGGAGCUCCAGGCAAAACUUGUACAUAUAUUUCAGGAACAUGUUAUAAUACAACUGAUGGGUGUGAUAAAGUUCCAGCAUCUGGGUCAGAUAAGAAAGCAUAUUGUGAUUAAUUAACAUCUGGGGCAUCCGGUGGAGUUAAGUGUACUUAUAUUUCAGGAGACUUUUGUACUCCAAGAUUAGCUGCAUGUACAGAUUAUGUUAUUACAAAUGCUACUGAUAAAAGAGCUACAUGCAAUUCUUUAGUGGAUACUUCAGGUACUCCUAAAAAGUGUACAUAUAUUUGGGGAAAUAAUUGCGUUGAACUAGGAGAAUGCACUUCAUAUGAUGGUUCAACUACUGCAGCAUUAGGACCAGAAGAUACUAAAGAGGCAGAGCAAUGCGUAUUAGUGAAAGCAUUAUCAAAUAGUAAGCCAUGUAUUAAACAUGCAUCAGAUGCCAAAAAAUGCAUAGCUUAAGUAUGUGCUGAUAAUGAUGGCAAUGAGGAGGGUUGUAAGAACAAUGUUGCUGGUUGUAUAUACUAUCUAAAUAAAUGUAUCUCAAAGACUACAUGUGUAUCAUAUGAUUUCCCAGAUACAGUGACUAGUGAAACUGAUAAAUAAUCUUGGUGUGAAGGAGUUAUUGAUACAAGUGAUAACAAAUGCAAAUAUGAUGGUACUAAAUGUGCUGCUAGAGCUUGCAAUGAUGCAGUAACUGCCAGAUUUUAUACAGAUUUUGAUUGCAAAAGCUAUUUGAAAUCAUGUAAAACUGAUGGUUAGGGAUGUGUAGAUGCCACAACCAGUAGUUGUGGUUCUGUUUCUGGAAAUUAGGCAUUCUGUGAAUAUAUGCUUGAUAUUACAGCCAAAGAUUAUUGUAAAUUGAAUACUGUUGCUGUUACAUCUGGUAGUUGUUAAAUUAGAACUUGUUACGAUAAUGUAUCUGCUCAAUCUGAUGGAGAUUGUGAAAGUUGGAUGAAAGGUUGUGUAACCAGAGGAAAAGGUUGUAUUCCAAGGGAUAGACCUUGUUCUGAAUUUAGAGGCACAAAAACUUAAUGUGAAGCAUUCAAAUAGUAUUUGCAUUAUGAUAAUGACCUAAAAGUUGAUGUGUACUAAUUAUGUUCUGGAGAUGCUACAAAUAAUGAGAAUGGUAAGUGUAAAGAUAGAAAAUGCACAGACAAUACAGAUGCCACAACAAAUGAUGAAUGUUAGGCUUACUUAGAUGGUUGUGUAACAAAAGGAGCAGGAUGUGUUUCUAAAUCAUCUGAUUGCUCAGCUUAUAAAGGAUCUAGAGAUACUUGUAGUAAGUUUAUGGGAUCAAAUGGUUUAGAUUAUUGUUUCAAUGUUGAAAAUGCAGCUGAAACCUCAACUUGUUAAAAGAAGAAAUGUAGUGAUAUUAAAGGAACAAAUAAUAAAGAUUGUAGUGAUGGAAUGAAACCAUUUAAAACAACUGAUAAUCCUUUCUGUGUUUUUAAUGGAACUAUUUGUGAUGCUUAUGGUAAGAGAUGUGAGGAAUUCAAAGGAACAGAAGUUUCUUGCACAACAUAUAUAGCAUUAAAUGGUCCAUGCAAAGCUACUACUGUUGGAACAAUAGUAGGAAACUGUGCUAAAAGAGUUUGUUUAGAAGCUCCAAAUACUUUGAAAACUGAUAAAGAAUGCUUUGAUUAUCAUCCAACUUGUGUUACUACUGGAUAUGGAUGCACAUUUACUGUUAAUUGCAAUACUUUGAUCAAUUAAGAUUCUUGUAAAUUAAGACCAGAAUGUACAUGGGCAAAUUAAUGUGAACCUAUAAAGGCAUCAUGUUCUUCUUAGACAGGAACAAGUAGAUCAAAUUGUGUUAACACAGUUAUUACAAUAGUAGUUGAUAAUGUUCCAGUUAAAAAGUAUUGUGCUUGGACAGAGACAGGUAAUUAAUGUAGAGAUCAAAGAUGUGAAGAUCUAUCUGCCACUAUCAGCACUCAUAAAUAAUGUAAUGAUUUCGAUAAGAAUUGUACAACCACUGGAGCUGGAUGUAUUACAAUGACAGUUUGUUCAGGAUACAAAACUGAAUCCAUUUGUAGAGCUGCAUCUGUCAAAAAUAUUUUAACUGGUGAAUUAGGUAAUUGUGGAUGGGAAGAUAAUAAAUGCAGAGAGAGAAAAUGUAAAGAUUUAAGUGGAAAGACUGAUACUGAAUGUGAUGCACAUUUGAGUGGUUGUAAAACAAAUGGAACAGAGUGUGUUGAAGCUGAAAAUUGUUCUGACUUUAAACUUUAAUAAUACUGUAUCAAAUCAAAGAAAAAACCUUGUUUGUGGGUUAAAGGAACAUGCUAUAAUUACGAGAAAUGCGAAGACGCCGAAAUAAGAUCUCACGAAGGGUGUCAAGAAUUUUCUCCCCUUUGUACUACAAAUGGUGACAGAUGUAUACCUAUCACUUCUUGCGCUAAAACUGCUUUAAAAGCAUCUUGUGUUAAAGGUACUGAUGGUGUCUGCGGAUAUUUACCAACAGAUAAAUGUUAGAAAUUUAAUUAAUGUUCAGAUGCAGUAUCAAAUGAUUAGAAUGCUUGUUUAGCUUAUGGUGGUUGUAUUACUGAUGGAACAGCUUGUGUUGCAAAAAGUAUAUGUUCUGACUACACAACAGAAAUAGCAUGUAAAAAUAAUCUAGGAACUGAUGGAAUUUGCUUCUGGAAUGGCUCUAAAUGCAAAUUGAAGGAUUGUUCAGAUCUUACUGGAACAACACAUGAUGGAUGCAGAUCCUAAGUUAUUACUGGAGGUUCUUGCACUACAAAUGGAACAAAUUGUAUCCCACUCGGACUUUGCUCAAGUUAUACCGAAGCUGGAUGCUAAGUAGGAACAGAUGGAACUUGUAUCUUCUCUUUCGCUGUUGGUAAAACAACUGGAGAUAAAGCUUGCAGAUUAAAGUUAUGCGAAGAUAUUGAUAAAGGAAUUAAUAAUUCUGCUUGCAGUGGAGUUAUACCUGGAAAAGAAUGUGUUUCAAAUACCAAAAAUUGUAUACCCAAAGCAGCUUGUUCAACAUAUAAAACUUAGGAAGCAUGCAGUGGAGGAGGAUUAGAAGGAACAAAUCAAAUUUAAUGUGCAUUCACACCUAAUUCUGCCACUGAUAAAGUCAAUGGAACUUGUAAAACAUUCACAUAAUGUUCAGAUGCAAAUGCUGACUCCGUUGCUUGUGGAAAAAAUAGCUCUUGUAAAUGGACUGGAGCUGCUUGUGUUUCUCAUGUUUGUGACACAUUUGCAAAUGGUACUGAUUGUUAACCAGUUCCUAGUUUUGAUGGCAAAGCUUUCACUAUUUGCACUCUUCAAAAUGGUAAGUGUGCUUCAGGUGAUCCUGGGACCUUGAAUGAUUCAAAGAUAUGCUAUAAGAAAUCUGCUUACACUUAUACCUGGAAUUAAACUACCAAUAAGUGUGAACAAUGUAGAGCAGGAGCUACUUCACCAAAUACCUCAAACAAUAAUACAACCGGUGGUAAUACUACUGGUGGUGACAAUACCGAUGUUUACGGCAUGAUUCUACCCAUAGUAACCUUAAGUCUUCUUGGAGUUAUGGCCUGAAUAUGAUUUUAUCUAAUAUAUAUAGGAAAAAUUUAUACAAAUCUUAAAAAACA